AUGGCUGCAACCACAACAAUGAGAGCCGUAAUCUUCAAAGGUUUUGAGAAUGUACAGGUCGAAGAUCGCCCAAUGCCGACGAUCGAAGACCCCAGAGACGCGAUUGUCAAGGUGACUGUCUCUGCCCUCUGUGGAAGCGAUCUUCACUGGUAUCGUGGCCAUCAGGAUAUCCCCACGGGCUUCAUCCCAGGUCAUGAGUUUGCCGGCGUGGUUCAUGAACUGGGAAGCGAGGUGACAAACCUAAAGCAGGGUGAUCAAGUUGUUGCCACCUUCACCACGCAGUGCGGUGAUUGCUUCUACUGCAAGAGAAAGCAGACUAGCCGUUGUGCAGAAAGCUUUCUAUUUGGAAACAGUGCAGGAACUAGGAGUAUCGACGGUGGUCAGGCAGAGUAUGUGCGCGUCCCCUUUGCAAGCUCAUCUCUGGUGCGCAAACCAAGUGAGAUUCCAUCUGACAUGCUGGUCUUGAUGGGAGACAUCUUCCCCACCGGCUACUUUUGCGCCUUGCGUUUCCUCAAGAGCAUGAACCCCGAUGAGGCCCGUUCUGCCUGUACCGUCGUAGUCGGGUGUGGUCCUGUGGGUACAUGCGCUAUCGCCGCAGCGAGUCAAUGGUGCGACAACAUCUUCGCUAUCGACAUGGUCACGGAUCGUCUCGAGGAAGCGCGACGCCUUGGAGCAAAACCCAUCCUCCUCACGGAUGACCCAGUCUCCAAGAUUCUCGCUGCCACGGAAGGUCGCGGGGCCGACCAGGUGCUCGAGGUUGUCGGAACCUCUGACGCCAUGAAGCUUUGCAUCCAGCUGGCUCGCCCUUUUGCUUGCAUAAGCAGUGUCGGUGUUCAGACCAACCAACUUGAGUUUGACGGACCAUCGCUCUACGCCAAGAACCUGACCAUUGCUUGGGGACGGUGUCCUGUGCGAGGUAUCUUUGAGGAGGCUCUGGCAUCUCUCGCUAAAGUGCACCAUAAGCUGGCCUUUCUCUGCCAAUGUCGCAUGAAGCUAGAAGAGGCCCCGGAAGCCUACAAGCUUUUUAAUGACCGUAAGGUACACAAGGUACUGUUCACUAUGGACCCAUAA